AUGCAGAUGCUCAAGAUCACCGCCAUUUUGGCUUUCGCUGCCACAUUUGCUGCCGCCGCCCCUGCUACAAAGCUCAACGCUGUUGCAAAGCGCCAGACUACUGAGUUCGGUCCAUACCCAGAGGAUGACUACAACACCAAGCGCCAGACUACUGAGUUCGGUCCUUAUCCCGAGGAUGAUUACAACACCAAGCGCCAAACCACCGAGUUUGGUCCUUACUCAGAGGACGACUACAACACCAAGCGUCAAACCACCGAGUUUGGCCCAUACCCCGAAGAUGACUACAACACCAAACGCCAGACUACUGAGUUCGGUCCUUAUCCCGAAGAUGAUUACAACACCAAGCGCCAGACUACUGAGUUUGGCCCAUACCCCGAAGAUGACUACAACACCAAGCGCCAGACUACUGAGUUCGGCCCAUACCCCGAAGAUGACUACAACAACAAGAACUAA